GCACACUGGAGCCCAGCAUGCUGUCGCCACUGCUGCUGCUGCUGCUGCUGCCUGCCCUGCUGGACUUGAAGCCAGCGGGAGCCGCGCUGAUCCGCAUUCCUCUGCAGCGUGUCCAGCCAGCACACAGACACCUGAGCCCUCUGGGAGCCUGGGGCGCGGGGUCCCCACAGCCGGGAGCCCCAUCACCCAGGGACAAGCCCACCUUUGUGCCUCUCUCCAACUACAUGAAUGCCCAGUACUUCGGGGAGAUUGGGCUGGGGUCCCCACCCCAGAACUUCUCUGUGGUCUUCGACACCGGCUCCUCCAACCUCUGGGUGCCCUCCAGGAGAUGCCACUUCUUCAGCUUGCCCUGCUGGUUCCACCAUCGCUUCAACUCCAAAGCCUCCAGCUCCUUCCGGCCCAACGGGACCAAGUUUGCCAUUCAGUACGGAACUGGGCGGCUGGACGGAAUCCUGAGUAAGGACAAGCUGACGCUUGGGGGGCUCCACGGUGCAUCAGUGACCUUCGGGGAGGCACUGUGGGAGCCCAGCCUGGUCUUCACCAUCGCCCACUUCGAUGGGAUCCUGGGCCUCGGUUUCCCCUCUCUGGCCGUGGAGGGAGUUCAGCCCCCUUUGGACGCCCUGGUGGAGCAGGGGCUGCUGGACAAGCCUGUCUUCUCCUUUUACCUCAACAGGGACCCCGAGGGAUCGGAAGGAGGAGAGCUGGUCCUGGGAGGCUCCGACCCGGCCCACUACAUCCCACCCCUCACCUUCCUGCCGGUCACUGCCCCUGCCUACUGGCAGGUCCACAUGAAGCGCAUGGAGGUGGGCAGGGGGCUGACUCUCUGUGCCCAGGGCUGUGCGGCCAUCCUGGACACGGGCACGUCCCUCAUCACGGGACCCACGGAGGAGAUCCGCGCCCUCCACACAGCCAUCGGGGGACUGCCCCUGAUGAUGACGGGGGAGUAUUUAAUCCAGUGCUCGCAAAUUCCAAAGCUGCCCCCGGUCUCCCUCCUCCUUGGAGGGGUCUGGUUUAACCUCACGGCCCAGGAUUACGUCAUCCAGAUCUCCCGGGGUGGCGUCCGCCUCUGCCUGUCCGGCUUCCAGGCCUUGGACGUGCCUCCGCCGGCGGGGCCCCUCUGGAUCCUCGGCGACGUGUUCCUUGGGCCCUACGUGGCCGUGUUCGACCGUGGGGACUCGGACACCGGCGCCCGCGUGGGCCUGGCCCGUGCUCGUCCCCGCAGACUGGGACCGCAGGUGCAGCGCUCUGGGUGACGCCCUGCCAGGCACCAGAGGCCUUCCCCCCGCCCCCCUACCCCGUCCUCCAG